AUGAUUAACCUCUCCUAUCCCAACGGUGAUGAAUCUUUAGCUCAGGAGGCCGACUUCCCGGAUCAGGAUUCGCAAUACACCCCCACUCCAGGAUACUAUGAACAAACCCCACCCUCCGAUUAUGGGUUCAGCACUUCACCGGCCCGUUGCCCCCAGGACCGUCCUGAAUCCUUCACCUCUCCCCAACCGGGCAUCCCCAAGCUGCUUCAGCUUUUUGAGUGGGAAGCAAGCAGCCCAGAUGACGAGCUUCACGGGAACGUCGUUCGGUAUAUCAUCGAGUGGAAAGUGAAAGUGAAGACUUCAAGCCUUACAGUGGUAUUCUACCACUUCUUCAGGUCGUCAGACUUUCGGCAUGUCAAUCAAUCUCGGUUCAUUGUCAUAUUCCAGUUAUUAGAGGAAUGGCUGCGGGAAUUGAACAUGCCAGAGCUGGGCUGGCCUGUCUGA